UAUAUACAUAUAUAUAUGUGUGUGUGUGUGUGUGUGUACUGAUAUAUAUGUAUAUAGUAAAUCGCAGCACAUGCUAACAUAUAUAUUGUACACAUACCUAUGCGUCGCAUGAUUUACACAAACAUUAUUUUCGUAAUUCGUAUGUAUGUAAUUAAUUGAAACACAAGCUAUGUGCUUGCUUAUAUAUACAUAUAUGUCCAUAUAUACACUCAGAUAACAUACAGACAUGUAACGGUUAUUUCAUACACUGAAUUUCUACACUCACACACAGAUAUAUAUAUAUAUACACACACAUAUAUAUAUAAUAUGUACAGUGUGUGUUUAAAUAUACAUCUUUCAUAUGAAUUCAAACACUAGAAUUACAAACAUACCGAAAUCUACACACCCAAAUGGAUAAACAUUCACAAACGCAACACCAUGCAUUGGUAAAGCUUUAAUUAAUUUUAUACACACUGCAAAAGAUGUAUGUAUACAUGUAGGCAUAUAUAUAUGAAAUAAUGAACUUCAUACAGACACAACCCAAAGGUGUAAUAUAUACACUUUAUAAAUUUCAUUAUAUCUACACAUAACAAUAUGUAAGAACGUUCGUUUUCAUUAUAUACAUCCUCUGGAUAAUACAAAAUCUUGUUUCAAACACAUAUAUAUAUAUAUAUAUGUUACACCCAUCUACAUCAAUAUAUUCUUUUAUCCCCUACCCUUAGGGUCAAUUAAAAAGUAUUUAAUACGCCAAUAGCUUAUUAAAUACAUUCAAUCACGUGUAUAUAUAUAUAUAUAUAUAUAUAUGUGUGUGUAUAUAUAUGUAUGUAUGUAUACACACAUUCACUUUUGUAUGGAUAACAUGAAUAUAAAGUUUACGGAUGGAUGUGGAUACAUUAUAGGAAUUAUAUUACAAUACGGAGCAGGUUGAGAAAAUGAAGAAUAUGGAGUUUGGCAAAGUUCCACAUCUACGUGUGGCUGACCAGUUGAAGUGUUCCACAAGGCACCAACAAAAACAGCAGAAUUUGGAAGACCGAUGACCGACCACUUGUCCACCCUCAACUCCUGACAUAAAUUAGUGCUUAUUAAUAAUAAUAAUAAUAAUAUUACUUGAGUGCUGCCCUGAAGGGUCCAGGCUAAAGAAAUUGAUCCUUGAUCUUCAUUCAUUCCUACUUUGUCACUACCCCCAUCACUUUUUUCACCACCACCAUCACAAACAGAAAAGUACUCAGAGUACAACCCAACACCUUGAGAGGAAACUACCCCCACCUUCAAAAACUAGUUGACCCUUCCCAUAUUUGCUUACAUCUUUUCUAAUACCCCUUCUUCAAUUUUCUUCACUUCACUCAAUCGCUUUCUUUCCCUCUCACCAACAUUCCCUUUCUCAGGUUUUUAACCCCUCUAAAAUAGCCCCCUUAUGUUUGUCUCUCCCCCAAAACACAAUCCCUCACACCACUACACUCCCAGUCUGUCUUGACCCCUUGAAAUUGUCAAUCCCUCUUGAGACCCCUUAAAAUACCCACUUCACUCUACAUGUCUGACUCUCUCUCUUCCUGACCCCCCUCCACUGGUCUUGCUUGACCCAUUCAAAUUCCAACUGCAUGUCUGCCGUAUAUUUUUUUUCCUCCCCUCCCUGACGAACCACACAACAAAUAUGUUGUCACGGUUACAGCGGACGAAAGGAUAUUUCUUUGCCAUUUGUCUUCUUCUCAGUGUCAUUGUCUGCAUCUUUUCUUGGCAGCUGUUUCGACAGACGCCACACCAACCGAUACGAGAAGGGGACCGUCUUGGUACGGUUGACCGGCUCUCUAAAUCGGACACCCUUAACAUCCCAUUGACUUCCUUAGAGAAUUACCUGCGCAUCGUACACAACAAGACCCAACGAACUAUCAUGCGGAACCUGGCUCACCAGCAUCAGGAUGCUAUCCUAGCCAAAGACGCUCACAAGACAAAAACCAACACCAAAUUGAAAGAACACAUAGAAUCGGUGUCGAGUGCCGAGUCUGGCAGUAACAGUGAGAACAAACAGGGAAGCCUGCUCAAAAAUAAAUUAAUACAUCAUCUAAAUAAGUAUUCUAACACACAUGUUAAUACUAGCAAUCACAACAAUACCAACAACAACAACAACAACAACAGUAUUGAUACAAAACAUGUUAAAUCUAUUGACAAGAGUUCAAACUCCAGUUCUGUUGUCGGCAAUAAGUACAAGGACAAUGCUAACAACAAACUUCAGUUUCUUCCAAAGCAAUCCAACAAUUUAGGUUCAUCAAACAACAAUUACAGAAAUAAUAACAACGACAGCAGCUCUUUGCUAGUUUCGGCGGAGAAAUUCCGACAGUCUUUGAAUAAUUUGAAAAGCUUGAAACAGAAACUAAAUUCCCCGAGCGUUUCGUCGAAACCCUCACAACAACAAAAUCCUAACCGAUUGUCGGGUGUGUUCGUCGAAGACAUUCACAAUUUCCAUGCACCAGUGGAGCGUAAAAAAGCUCUCGCCAGCCGGAAUAAUCUCGAGGAUGCUUUAUCGAGGGCAGCGAUGGAUCCUCCUGAUCACAUUUUAACGGGUAAGUUAUGUCAAGACUGUUUGUCGUCAGGCUUCCAGUACGACCUGAACGUCGAGGACAUUUGCCACACAGACGUGCGGCUGGUGAUUCUUGUGGAGUCUCCACCAAGUAAUCAGGAGUCUCGCAACGCCAUUCGCAAGACAUGGGGUGCCAUCAGUCAAGUAAGCUCCAGCAAUGUGCGAGUGGUGUUUUUGCUGGGUAAAAGCAACAACCCACACGAAAAUACACUGGCAGAACAUGAAUAUUGGUUAAACCAAGACAUUGUACAAAUUGAUUUUGUUGAUGCAUACGCAAACCUCACGUACAAAACCCUGUCUGGCCUCCACUGGGUCAACACGUUCUGCUCAAAUGCUAAAUACGUCAUGAAAACAGAUGACGACAUGUAUGUGAACACGCCGCUCAUCACAAAGAUGUUACUAGCAUCUCCGAAAUCGAGGUUCCUCGGUGGUUAUUGUUGGGGUGUGUCCACCCCACAUCGGGACAGUAGCUCAAAGUGGUAUGUCCCCUACGAGAUGUACCCGAGUGCCACGUUCCCACCAAUGUGCUCAGGCACCGGCUACAUAAUGAGUCAGGACCUUGUUAAGAAUAUCAUCAACAUGUCACUGGUAAUUGGUUUCUUUUACUUGGAAGAUGUCUAUGUCGCCCUCUGCCUGGAAAAAUUUAACAUCUACCCGGUGAACAUUCAGGGUUUCAGCAACAUGCUGGUACCCUUCGACAGCUGUCUCUUCCGAAAUUAUGUGCUCACCUCACAUGGACACACCCCCUACGACCUACAGACAGAAUGGUCACAGGUGUUAUCCUGCUACCCCAAAGACCUUACUCCUCACCAACUUUUUAUGCCUAUCCCCUACCCUGAAGUGGAUUAAAAGGCGGGGGAAGGGAACAGCAAAGACACAAAUAAAUCAUACAACAACACGUACAACAACAAAAUUCAGUUUUCUGAGGAUUCUCUUUAAAUGUGUAAAAAAAAAAAACAAGAAACAAAGAAGGAAAAAGGAAAGCACACAGGUGUGUGCGUGUUUGUGUGUAUAAGUAAAUGUAUAAAUGUGUUUAUAAAAACA